AUGGGCGGUGGUGAUGGCCGGCGACGGAGACCGUCGGCCGGAGGAGGUGGAGGUGGCGGCGGCGGCAGCUGGGGCGGUCGGAGGUCUGGAUCUUCGGCGGCAAAGGAGCAGCGGGUACGGCUGGGCGCGGAGGAGCUCCUCGAGGGCCGGCUUGGCUUCGCGCCCUACACCCAAGGCGACCGCCGGCUUGGCUGGCUCCUCACCUUCUCCCCCUCAUCGUGGGAGGACGAGGAUACAGGGAAAAUCUACAGCUGUGUUGACCUGUACUUUGUGUCCCAGGAUGGUUCUACAUUUAAAGUGAAGUACAAAUUCCCACCUUAUUUUUAUGCUGCAACUAAGGAGAAGACGGAGUUGGAAGUUGAGGCGUAUCUCAGGCGACGUUAUGAAGGGGAAAUUGCUGAUAUAGAAAUAAUUGAAAAAGAGGAUCUGGAUCUUAAAAACCAUCUUUCUGGUUUGAAGAGAAAAUAUUUGAAGAUUCAGUUCGAUACCGUGCAGCAAUUAAUGCGUGUGAGGAGUGAUCUAAUGCAUGUUGUUGAAAAGAAUGAAGAAGAAAGAGAUGCUGUGGAUGCAUUUGAAUCAAUUUAUGGUGUAAAAAGGGUAGAAAGGCCACAAGAUUACAUAAACUGCAUCAUCGAUUUGCGUGAAUACGAUGUUCCCUAUCAUGUUCGUUUCGCUAUAGAUAAUGAUGUGAGAUCUGGACAGUGGUAUAAUGUUGGUGUAUCUGGUUCUGAUGUUUUGCUUCAGAGAAGGGAAGAUCUGCUUCAGCGUGCAGAAGUUCAUGUAUGUGCAUUUGAUAUUGAGACCACAAAGCUUCCCUUGAAGUUUCCAGAUGCCGAAUACGACAGUGUAAUGAUGAUCUCCUACAUGAUUGAUGGGCAAGGGUACUUGAUAAUCAACCGAGAGUGUGUAGGGGAAGAUAUUGAAGAUUUGGAAUACACACCUAAACCAGAAUUCGAGGGACAUUUUAGAGUUAAGAAUGUCGCAGACGAGGUGGGUCUACUUAAAGCUUGGUUUUCUCACAUGCAAGAGGUUAAACCUGGUAUUUAUGUUACGUACAACGGUGACUUUUUUGACUGGCCGUUUUUGGAGAAGAGAGCUGCCCACCAUGGCAUAAAAAUGAAUGAGGAGAUUGGUUUCCAAUGCGACAGUAAUCAAGGUGAAUGCCGAGCUAAAUUUUCCUGUCAUCUUGACUGUUUUGCCUGGGUGAAGCGAGACAGUUACCUUCCACAGGGAAGCCAAGGUCUAAAGGCUGUUACAAAAGCCAAGCUUGGUUAUGAUCCUCUGGAGGUCAAUCCAGAAGAUAUGGUUCGCUUUGCAAUGGAGCAGCCGCAGACAAUGGCUUCUUAUUCUGUAUCAGAUGCUGUUGCCACAUACUACUUAUACAUGACUUAUGUCCAUCCGUUUAUCUUCUCCCUUGCGACCAUAAUACCUAUGUCACCUGAUGAGGUGUUGCGGAAAGGAAGUGGGACACUAUGUGAGAUGCUGCUAAUGGUCCAGGCAUUCCAGGCUAAUAUCAUUUGUCCUAACAAGCACCAAGCUGACCUGGAGAAGUUUUACAAUAACCGUCUAGUAGAAAGCGAAACAUACAUCGGUGGUCAUGUUGAGUGUCUUGAAACUGGUGUAUUUAGAUCUGAUCUUCCUACAAAAUUUCAGCUGGAACCCUCAGCAUUUGAGCAACUAAUUGAAAACCUUGACCGUGAUCUGCAAUAUGCCAUUGCUGUGGAAGGAAAAUUGGAUAUUGAUUCUGUCACAAAUUAUGAUGAAGUCAAGGAUGCCAUAAAGCAAAAGCUUGUUUCAUUGCGAGACCACCCAACUCGUGAAGAAUGCCCUCUUAUAUAUCAUCUGGAUGUUGCUGCAAUGUAUCCAAAUAUCAUUUUGACAAAUAGGCUCCAGCCACCAUCCAUAGUUACAGACGUGGACUGCACAGCAUGUGAUUUCAAUCGCCCUGGAAAGAAUUGCCUUAGAACGCUUGAAUGGGUCUGGCGAGGAGAAACCUACACGGCAAAAAAGAGUGACUAUCAUCAUAUAAAGAGGCAAAUUGAGUCAGAGAUGAUUCAAACUGGUGGAGUUACAUCUUCAAAGCCUUUCCUCGACCUCUCAAAACCAGAGCAUUUACUAAAGCUGAAGGAUCGUUUGAAGAAGUACUGCCAGAAGGCGUACAAAAGAGUAGUUGACAAACCAAUUACAGAAGUUAGAGAAGCUGGAAUAUGCAUGCGUGAAAAUUCUUUCUACGUUGAUACAGUGCGAAGCUUUCGUGAUAGAAGGUACGAAUACAAAGGCCUGAAUAAAACAUGGAAAGGAAAACUGUCAGAAGCAAAAGCCAGUGGAAAUUCUAUCAAAAUUCAGGAAGCACAGGACAUGGUUGUGCUAUAUGAUUCUUUGCAACUUGCUCACAAGUGCAUAUUAAAUUCUUUUUAUGGAUAUGUUAUGCGCAAGGGUGCAAGAUGGUACUCUAUGGAAAUGGCUGGUGUUGUAACAUAUACUGGUGCAAAGAUCAUCCAAAAUGCUCGAUUACUUGUAGACAAAAUUGGAAGACCACUGGAACUCGACACAGAUGGCAUUUGGUGUGUUUUGCCUGGUUCUUUCCCAGAGAAUUUUACUUUCAAGACAAAAGCUGAGAAGAAGCUCACAAUAUCUUAUCCAUGUGUGAUGCUUAAUGUUGAUGUUGCAAGAACCAACACCAAUGAUCAAUAUCAAACAUUGAAAGAUCCUGUAAGCAAGCUAUACACAACAAAUAGUGAAUGCUCCAUCGAAUUUGAGGUAGAUGGACCAUACAAGGCCAUGAUUCUACCUGCCUCUAAAGAGGAAGGGAUUCUGAUAAAGAAGAGGUAUGCUGUCUUCAAUGAAGAUGGAACCCUGGCAGAACUUAAAGGCUUUGAGAUUAAGCGUCGAGGUGAGCUGAAGCUCAUCAAAGUUUUUCAGGCGGAGGUAUUUGAUAAAUUUCUCCAUGGCUCUACUUUAGAGGAGUGCUAUGCAGCUGUUGCCUCUGUUGCUAACCGCUGGUUAGAUCUACUGGACAAUCAAGGAAUUGAUAUUUCUGACAGUGAGUUGCUUGGGUUCAUAUCAGAGUCAAGCACAAUGAGUAAGUCCCUUGUUGACUAUGGAGAACAGAAGUCAUGUGCUGUAACUACAGCAAAAAGACUUGCAGAAUUCCUUGGAGAUUCAAUGGUUAAAGACAAAGGACUGCACUGCCAAUAUAUAGUUGCACGAGAGCCACAAGGCACCCCAGUGAGCGAGCGUGCUGUUCCGGUGGCUAUUUUUGAGACAGAUGCUGAGGUUGCAAAGUUCUAUUUAAGAAAAUGGUGCAAAGUCUCCACGGAAGCAAACAUCCGAUUUAUUCUUGAUUGGUCUUACUACAAGCAGCGCCUAAGCUCGGCUAUUCAGAAGAUCAUAACUAUUCCUGCAGCGAUGCAAAAGAUUUCAAAUCCUGUUCCCCGAGUUCUUCAUCCUGAUUGGUUGCAUAAAAAGGUCAGAGAGAAGGAUGAUCGAUUUCGCCAGCGCAAACUACGUGAUAUGUUCAGUCCCUUGAAUAAAGACAUGGGGAUGCAUAACUUGAAUGGAACUGGAGACAUAGAGGAUUUAUUAACAUCAGACAAAGGUUUGAGAAAAGCUACUGCUUCCCAUAGUUUUAACAUCGGCAAAGAAAAUCAUCCAAAUGGGUCACCAUCAGCAAAAGCUAGUUUGGGUCAUUGCAAAAACCAGCAAAAAUCUGUAAUCAGGUCAAAUGAACCACUCCGAGAUGACUCUGCUGAUGAAAGAGUUGAUAGAAGCACUGAUUACCAAGGAUGGCUUGAGGCCAGGAAGAGAAAAUGGAAAUAUGUCCGCGAACAGAAGAAACGUCGAAGGUUGGGUGCUGCAGCCUCUUCCGAGGGUCCCAGUAAUAAUUUGUUUUCUGCAAGAAAUGUCAGUCAGUUACAUGGCAAUGGUAGGAAUCGGUCUACAUUUUUCCAGAAACAAGAAUUGUCCCUCUUUAGAUCACAUUGGCAGAUAAUCCAGCUUGCUCCAAGUACAUUGCCUGGCCGUUUUUUUGCAUGGGUUGUUGCUGAUGGUAUCAUGUUCAAGAUUCCCAUCAAUGUGCCUAGAGUUUUCUACCUAAACUCGAAAGCUCCUAUCACAGAUGAGUUUCCAGGAAGGCGUGUAAAGAAGAUUCUUCCUCAUGGAAAACCAUCUUUCAAUCUCAUCGAGGUUGUAACUAGUGAAGAACAGUUCAGGGCUGAAGGAAGAAAACUUGCUGCUCAUCUUGCAGAGCCAGAUGUUGAAGGCAUAUAUGAGACGAAAAUUCCACUGGAGCUAAAUGCUAUUCUCCAAAUUGGUUGUGUCUGCAAAGUGGACAAAUCUGCGAAGAAACGAAAUAUCCAAGAUGGAUGGGAUCUUGCUGACUUGCAAAUGAAAACAACUGCAGAGUUCUCAUACCUGGAACAAACAGUUUCAUUUUUCUAUCUAUACCACAGUGUCUCUGAAGGAAGGGCUGUAUAUGUCAUGUACUUCCCUACAUCUCUCAGAGUACAUGCAGUGGUUAUCAAUCCUUUCCGCAAUAAAGAACUGUCACCUGCGUUUCUUGAAAAGCAAUUUCGGGAUGCUUGCCAAACUCCUGACCCUUUGCAUGAAAAUCUCACUUUCCAGGUGGACUACCACACAUCAAUGGAUGCAGGUAGCAAAUAUGUGCAACGAAUGUUACUUGAGUACAGACAACAACAUCCUGGACCUGUCAUAGGCAUCAUUGAAUGCCCUAAACUCCAAGCUAUAAGGGAAUCUGUACGUGCACUUGAUGAUUUCCCGUGUGUAACCAUUCCUUGCAAUGCACGGGACAACAACUAUCAGGCUCUUGGUUGGCAAGCGACAGCUGGUAGAACAAGCAUGCAGCGCUGUGCUGCAUCAACUCAAUGGUUCAAUGAAAGAAUUUCACUUGCUAGAUAUGCACAUGUGCCAUUGGGAAACUUUGAACUUGAUUGGCUUCUUUUUACUGCUGAUGUGUUCUUCUCAAGGGCAUUGCAUGAUCAACAACAGGUACUAUGGAUAUCUGAUGAUGGUAUUCCUGAUUUAGGCGGCACAUAUGAAGGAGAUACAUGCUUUGCUGAUGAAGUCAUUCAACCUGCACUAACAUAUCCUGGCGCUUAUAGGAGGAUUUCUGUUGAGCUUAAGAUUCAUCAUUUGGCGGUUAAUUCUCUCCUUAAGAGCAGUCAAGUGGAUGAAAUGGAAGGAGGAUCUAUCGGCAACUUUGAAAAUGAUAUUCCUCCUGGUCCAAAUGCCACCGAGACUGACUAUAAUGACGCCAGCUUGUGCCUACCUGCUUUCCAAGUGCUGAAGCAACUCAUUCAAAGAUGCAUCUCGGAUGCAGUGUCUUCUGGAAAUGUAUUUGCUGAUGCGAUAUUACAACAUCUCUACCGUUGGCUUUGCAGCCCACGAUCAAGACUUCAUGACCCAGCUCUCCAUCGCCUCCUUCAUAAUGUCAUGAAGAAGGUCUUUGCUCUAUUAUUAGCUGAGUUUCGAAAGCUUGGAGCUAAUGUUAUCUUUGCAAACUUUUCUAAGAUAAUCAUAGAUACCGGAAAAGUGGACUUGCCGUCAGCACGUGCAUACUGUGAUAGCUUGCUGAAAACCUUACAGACAAGGGAUCUUUUCGAGUGGAUAGAGCUGGAACCUUUGCACUAUUGGCACUCCUUACUGUUCAUGGAUCAGUACAACUACGGUGGGAUUCAGGCCAAAACACAAAAUGUAACAUCUGCAGACAGUUCGGAUGGUGAUGAUGAUAUUGACAUCGUGUCAAGCUGGAACAUAGCAGAAUACUUGCCCAAAGCUACACAGGAUCACUUUGUCUUGAUCGUAUCGGAGUUCCUAUAUGUUCCAUGGAAAUACAUGAAAGAACAAGUAGCUUGUCGAGCAGCUAUGAGGGAUGACACCUCAUGUACUCCAUCUAUAACAAUCAUGGCUGCUGAGAAUCUUGAGGGACAGGUCGUUGAUUACCUCCGUGGGCAGAUCGGCACUUAUUUUGCGGAAAAGCUUCUCACAAUUGUGAGCGAUAUACUUCUCCAUUUCAAAGGAAAAGGCAAGUCUGAAUCAGUUGGACCUUCAAAUAGUGAACUUGAUCCUCACUUACAUAAAGGCGAUGCUGCAUUGGAGUUCAUUAAACAUAUAUGUGCUGUUCUUGCUCUCGAUCAGAAUGUUCAGCAUGAUAUUCUGAGAAUGCGAAAGAACUUGUUAAAGUUGGUCCGUGUAAAGGAAUUUGCUCCAGAAGCACAGUUCCAAGACCCCUGUGCCUCAUUCAUUCUCCCGAACGUGAUUUGCAGCUAUUGCAACGAUUGCCGGGACCUUGACCUCUGCCGCGACUCGACGCUGCAAGGCCACGAGUGGAGGUGCGCGGUGCCGCAGUGUGGGCAGCCGUACCACCGCGAGGAGAUGGAGAACGCGCUCCUGCAGAUUGUGCGGCAGCGAGAGAGGCUGUACCACCUGCAGGACCUGGUGUGCGUCCGGUGCAGGCAGGUGAAGGCGGCCCAUGUGUCGGAGCAGUGCAACUGUGGAGGUUCGUUCCGGUGCAAGGAGGAGGCGCCGCAGUUCCUUGGCAAGAUGCGGGUCUUCCUGAACGUCGCGGUGAGCCAGAAGUUCGAGCUACUCCAGGACUGCGUCCGAUGGAUCCUGGAGGUCAGGUGA